UGCACAAAGAGGGAGGAAGCAAAAAUGGAUGAAGAGUUAAAGAACUUCAUCAAGGUAUGGACUCUAGCAGUAACCUCUCUUUGCUAUUGUUUUUACAUAUCAGCAAAAAUUCCUAGUGGUCUAUUGAGGUUUCUCUCUCUUGUCCCAAUCUUCUACUUCUUCACCAUCCUCCCCUUGAAUCUCUCUUCUUUCCAUCUUUGUGGUGUUACAUCUGUUUUGCUUUCUUGGCUUGCCAAUUUCAAGCUUCUUCUCCUCUCCUUUGACCAAGGCCCCUUAUCAUCCUCAUCUCCAAAACUGUUCCAUUUCAUCUCCAUAGCUUGUCUCCCCAUAAGAGUCAAACACCAAGAAUUCCCUAAAAGUUCUAAAACCAACCUCACAAACAAAAACCCAUCUCCCCAAAAUCUCCAACAACAAUUGGGUUUGAGCAUUGGUAUUGCUAGAUUUGUUUUAUUGGCUGUCAAGGUGAUUCUUCUUGUAUUGAUAUUUCACAGCUAUAACUAUAGAGAUCGUAUACACCCUUAUGUGUUAUUGGCUAUAUAUUGCUGUCAUGUGUACUUGGAAGCAGAGCUUCUUCUAGCCUUGAUAGUAAUCCCAGCUCGAAUCCUUCUUGGAUUUGAGCUCGAGAGGCAGUUCAACGAGCCCUACUUAGCCACCUCUCUCCAAGACUUUUGGGGUCAAAGGUGGAACCUCGUAGUUUCAGGUAUUCUACGGUUAACUGUAUACAAGCCAAUACGGUAUACUAUUGGGAAGAGAUGGGCUCCACUCUAUGCUGUGUUUGCCUCUUUUAUGGUGUCAGGUUUAAUACACGAAUUGCUGUAUUAUCACGUGACACGAGUGCCUCCGACGUGGGAGGUCACGUGGUUUUUUGUGUUACAUGGGAUGUGCACGGUUGUUGAGAUGGCUGUCAAGAAGGUUGUGACCGACAAGUGGGGGUGGCGGUUGCAUCCAGUGAUAUCAACGCCCUUGACGGUGGCGUUUGUGGGGCUGACUGGUGUUUGGUUGUUCUUCCCACAACUAAUAAGGAAUGGCGUCACUGAUAAAGCCAUAAGAGAAAUGUCAAUUUUAGUUGAUUUCCUUGCGCGGAACGUGGUUGCUUCUAAGUUCAAAUAUUCAUAGGCGAUAUUGAUAGUCGAGCUUAAUUUGUUUGUUUAUCUGAGAUUCAAAAGUUAAAUCAUAUCUUUUGGUGUGCAUUUGAUGUUUGGGAAACUUAAUGCAACCACAUGGAAAUUACAUCUUUGCGUUCGAUUUGCACACUAUGCAAAUUAAUUGUUUAUUUCAACAAUAUGUUUUGUCUUUUACUUACCAA